CACUCUGAAUGGAUCAUUUUAAUCAGUGAGUUGCUAACUAGAGAAUCACUCUGAACGAAUCAUUUUUGUACAAUAUUUUGUUUUGGAUAGUAAUGAAGUCUAAAGUUGCCUGUACUGAAGUGAAGUAAAAAGACUUCAUUACCGUCCUCUGCUGAUUGAUUAUCAGAUGGUGUUUAACCCUUCGUGCAGGUCUGUCCUGGUUCCCUCCUGACACACUGAAUCACGGUCAUGUUGUGUAACUUGUUGUGUUCUGCUGCUCUGGGAUCAGUUGUGCCGAGUGUGUGUCGAGUUGUUUUGCAUCAUGACAGAUGAUUCCAGAUCAGUGUUGAAGAGGGUUAAGAAGAUUAUGAGUGUGUUCAGAGAUCAAGACACACACACACAGAGAGACUGCGAUGAAUGAAUCAGGCCUGUGUGAUUAUGCUGGAAUACUGGGAGACAGUGACGACAGUGAUGACGAUCCAAACCUAGCCAAGCAGUUAGCGGCUUCCUGGGAGAGUUUAUCCAUCAUGGACAGACUGGGAUUGAAGAGCAGUGUGGAGAUGACGGAGCAGGAGGUGGAGAGCGCGUUUACCCAGUUCGUGAUGGGAUUUCACUGCGACCAGUACACGCUAACGCAGCGUCUGCAGGCGGAGCGACACGACCGCAUCGUAGCGGAGGAGAACCUGCAGAGAGAACUGCGGCAAACCAGAGACAUGCUGCAGGUGUUGUAUGAGCGCCUCCCAGAGGUGGACAGCAGAAACAUGAUUCAGCAGAUGAACAGCAGCCUGCAGACGCUGGAGAGCAACGUGGACAAUGUUGUCAAAACCGCGGAGAUGCUCGGAGCUGCACACCAGGAGGCGCGAGUCAGUCACGCGGUGGAGCUGAUGUCUGUACACCUGGAGCAUCUGCAGAAACGCCAUGAUACAGAGAGCGAGGAGAUGCUGGAGGUCAGGAAGCUGCUGCACAGGAGGAAGGGGCGAUUAUACAGCGACUGCACGGAUGACCGAGACCUGUUCAGACAUUCAUCGCAACAGCCAACGCGCCGCAGGGUUAGCAUCACCUUACUCCCGACUCAGUCUGAGAUGAAGCAGUUGGAAACGUUAUUUCUGGACAACUGCGAAUCUAAUGUGGAAGUGAAGAAAACCCCUGAUGAGCAAACAGACAAGCGACAGGAAGUAGUUCCCGAUUCUCCCUUCAUCAGUCUGAGUCAAGAUGAUGAUGGUGACAGUAGUGUGUUUCAAAGUGUGACGCAGAUCUCCCCAUUGUGUCACCGCCGCCGCCUAAAUUCUCAAAUCGAGCCAGCAGGAAGUUCAUUUGAGGGGGAGGAGCCUAACACUGAGCUAUGUCUCACUGCAGAACGGCGCCCCCUGCUGUCCUGGAGGUCUUCGUACAGAUGGAUCGUCAGAAUUACGUUCACUCUAAUAAUGCUGAUGAUAGUGGCUCUUUUAUAUUAAUUUGUUAUUAUCAGUGCAAAUGAUCAAUGAUUUGACAUCAUUUAAUUUUAUCGCACCAUUUUAUGUAAAAAUGAGCAUCGCUAAUGAUACUGACUGAUGAAUUAGAGAUCGUGAGGGAGUGUAGAUCACUGUGUUUCCUGCAGGCGGCAGUAUCGAGUCGCUCAUUUACUCAUUAGCAAAUGAAUAUAACUGGAUUAUAGUUGACAAGUGCAUGUGUGUGUCCUGAACACAGAGUGCAAUUAAAUAUUCAGAUGUAAUAUAGUCCUGAAACAGGUGCACAGCUAAAGCAGCUGAUUAAUGACAUUAAUUCACAGUAUUUACAUUCAGGGAGACACUGAGAAGCUUCAGGCGGAUUGAUUGAGGAUUCAGUAGGUGCUGCUCGUCUGAAUUGUUCAGCUAAUAAAUGCAUUUGUUUUCAGUUUAAUUUGUGCAGUAAAUCAGAAAAUUAUGCAAAUAAUUGAGGAAUAAAGGAGGAGAGCGAGCCUUUCAUCU